AUGCUCCGCCUGGGCACGCUGCUGCAGUCGCUCGCCCUGCUCUGCCUCUGCCCGCGCCGCCCCGGGCACGUCUGGGGCAGGCUGACGAGGGGCUCCGGGGAGCUGGCCGGCAGCGCCGCCGCCGCCUGGGACCCGCUGCCGGCCCUGCCCCGGCGGAGCCGGCGGGGAGCCUCGCCGCCGGCCAACAGCUCCGGCGCGGCGCCCUGGUGCCCGUACAAGGUGUUCAGCGAGGGCCAGGCCAGCGGCCGCCUCUGCUUCCGGAGCCCGGCCCGGGACUUCCAGUGCCCGCCGCCCAGCUGCAGGGCGCACCGCUCGCCGGGCCGCGCCCUGGUGGCCAACGUGCUGCGCAACGGCAGCGUCUUGCUCCAGUGGGGGGCGCCCGGCGGGCCGGGCCGGGACCUGCGGGGCUUCGCCCUCAACUGCUCCUGGGACGGCACCUACACCCGCUUCCACUGCGACAGCGUCCAGCUGGGGCCCCGCUGCCGGGACUACCUGCUGCCCGACGCGCACGGCAGCGUGCGCUACCGCCUGUGCCUCCGGCCGCUCUACCGGGCCGGCGGGCCGGGCGCGCCCCGCGCCGAGUGCGUGGAGUUCAGCCUGGAGCCGGCCAGCAGGCAGGACAUCGUCAUCGCCAUGACGGCCGUGGGGGGCUCCAUCUGCGUCAUGCUCGUCAUCAUCUGCCUCCUGGUGGCCUACAUCACCGAGAACCUCCUGCCGCCGGCCUUCGGCCGGGCCGCCGCCCCCAAGAGGGGCACGUAG